CUGCUCUCCUGUUUCAGUCGGUCUGUCUGCCCUCCCGUCUGUAGUUUCACUCACCACUCUUCAUCAGCAGCGAGGAUGCUUUCACACAUGCAGGCGCACACACGGACGUAGACGCUCCCCUCCUCGUGGGCACACUUUGGCACGAUAACGACAAUUACUUCGGAAAGAGCCAGAAAGUGAAGGACUGUAGCACAGCUGAGGUGCCGUUAUUUUCCAAAGGAUUCCAAACAUAGCUGCAGAGGCUGCAGAGUUGUCGAUGACUGACAUCCCUGCGUCCCACGAUGGACAAAAAAAGUGCCAAUGGCUUUCAGACCAAGGCCAGUGAAGGUGGUGUUCAGAGAAAGCAACUGCCCUACUCAGUGGAAACUCCAUAUGGCUUCCACCUGGACUUGGAUUUUCUCAAAUACGUUGAUGAUAUCGAAAAAGGCAAUACCAUCAAAAGAGUCCACAUCCAGCGCAGGGUCAAGGGCCCACCCAAAUUCAGUACUUUACCCAGAAACUUCAGUCUCCCAGGGCAUGGGAUCCGGCCAACCCCUAAAGACAGCCAGUGGUCUGGGACAUCCACCUUAGGACCAAAACCUAAAUCACGGUUAACAGAGGUUCACCAGAUCUCUGAAUUUAGAACAAAUGAAGGAGGAAUUUUGAGCCGGGGGACAGCUAGUCAGGGAACUAGUGUCGUUGCGGCUAAGGUCAGAGAUGAAGGAGUUUUGGGGGCCCAGGGAAUUGAAGAUAAAACUAUGGGCACUCAGAAUCGCCCAAACCUGCUUCGAGCAUCAAGUAUGCCAAUCACAUUACAACAGCGGAAAGGUUCUGAUUCAAGCAGUCCAGAUCGUAUUGUUGGAACACCAGAGAAUGGCUCAACCGAAAACAUGUUUAGAGCAUCACCAGAUGUAACAGAAAGAAGAUCCGUUCCCCAAGAAAGAGUGGGAAUUCACCAGCAGAUCACAGUUGCAUUAAAACGAGUCAGAGAGCUUGAAGAACAGGUCAAAACAAUUCCUGAACUUAAAGCUCAGAUUUGUUCACUGAGAAUGGAGAGAGAGAAACUACUAAGUCAGCUUCAGUCUAUAGAAAAGGCCCACAUUUCCACAUCGUCGUCUAAAAUGGCUCUGUGUAUUGAUCCUGGAAUAAACACCCAAUCACAUGCAACCAGACAUAAAGAAGGUUUGAAUUUGUCUCUGACACCACAAACAAAUAUACAUUUGGAAACUUCAAAACAUUUGACUACACAGCCACUAACUGAGAAAGGGAGACAGGGUAUCGCACAGGCAGUAAAUCAGAGAUUGGUGAAAAGCUCAUCAGCAUGUGAUGACAUUUUUGAGCAGAGUUCUAAUAUGAAAGCAAAUUUUUCAGACAAACAAAACGAGACAGUAGGUAGUCCAGUGGAACAUGCAUCACAGGAAGAUGAUAAUGUAGUAAAAGGAGGGAAUUUUGAGCGCCCAGCUAGUGACCAGAAUUUGCAUGAUAAGCUGGUAACCCUCGAGGCUAAACUUCUUCAGGCUAGAGAAGAGCUGGAGAAAACUAAUGGGCUGUUGAAAGAACAAAUAACAGAAAACAAAAUGAAAGAGGAGCGAAUACUUCUAAUGCGUGAGGGAGUUAGAGUAGAAGUGUCGCCAACGGAAACACAAAUAAGGCCAAGAAGAGAUAGUAUAGACACUGGAACAGAGACUGAGAAAGUAGACUAUUCCAACCAGGAGACAGAGACAGAAAUACCUGGUACAGUUGAUCAAGGAACAGAUACUGAAAGAAUAUGUAUUGAAGUGUGUGUCUCCAAAUCAAGAUCUGGAAGUAUCGAUCAGGGAACAGAGACUACCAGAGUAGACACUCAUGACAAAAUGACAGAGGUUGAGCCAAAAUCUGCAUCUGUUGGGCCCCAAAGGCCUAUAGUCAACAGCAUGGAACAGGGUACAGUAACUGAAAGAGCAGCCACUCAGGAUCAGGUGACUAAAACACUAGUAGCCCGUAGGGUACACCAGGUCUUAGAAACAGAAGGAGAGACAGAGACAAACCAUCCACAAAGACCAAGGGCCAGCAGUGUUGACAGAGGGACAGAGACAGAGAGGGUGGACACUGUAGACAGGGUGACAGAGAUGGAGGUCGCACAGAGGAUUGACCAACAUACUGAGACAGAACUUGAAAUACCACAAAACAACAAACCAUCCAGAAAUACUGAAGCUGAUAGUCAGGUGAGAGAAAGUCCAGGCAGCCAGAGAGGUGAAGUUGAUACCGUGGUCAGUGAAAGUAUAAAAGACAACAAUAGAUUAAAUGAAGGAAUUCAGAAAGACCAUGAAGACAAUACAAAUAUGGUAUUGCAAGUUGCUGGUGGAAAUUAUGUUGCAGCUAAAGAAGGUGUAGUUGAACAAACUCUGAGUUUAGAAUUUGUAACUCAGCCUGAACCAAGUACAAGUCCAACAGGUGAAAAUACAGAAUCGGAAAAUGAAAUAAAUCCUUUAAAAACUAACUCUGAAUCAGAAGCAAUCCCAAAAAGUCUUGAAUUGCAGAAGGUUGCACAGACAACAACAAAUACUUUGGAUACUGCUACAGUAGCAUCAGAAAGUGCCAAUGUAAAGACAGAAGUUCCAGUAAGACCUCAAAGAGGUCGUAGGCCAUCAGCAGAUCAGGCACAGCAGACAAUUUAUCAACUUCAAACUGCUCCUGUUCGUCCCCGUAGGGGUUCUAGUGAAACUCAAAGUCAGCAGUCAAAGACAGUCAAAGAGUCUCAAUCCCCAACAGAACUCUCUGAACCACUGAUUAAACAUGAAUCGCCAUCCCUGGGUCAGUCUGGGAACAACACCACACUACCAUCUAAUGAAAAACAAUCUCAAUCACAACCUCAAACUGAGAUUCAGUGCUCAUCUCUAAUGUUUAAAGAGGCUCAAACUCGUCCCAAAUCAAUUCAAGCCCAGUCUAAAACUAUAACUCCACGGGACUCAAAGGAGCUUGAAGCACCUAAUAGAGCAUCUAGUGUAUCACAAUCUUUAAGACGUGGAUCUGGAGAUAACCACACCGACCCAAAACGCCAGGGAUUGGGUGAGGUCCAAACUCGGUCUCGAAGACGUUCUGAAGCGAGUCAAUCCCUUCAGAAAGACCCUGAAGUCCGGAAAUUACGGAGAGGCUCUAGUGAAACGGCACAGCUUCGGAGAUCUGGUGAAGCCCUGGCCCCCCGCCAUGACAUUGUCGAGACGCAGCAAGUACGCAGAGGCUCAAGUGAGUCACCAACCUCACCUGCAGCUUUAGGUCAAGUUGUAACUCGGCUAACAGGGCUUCUGGGGGAGCAGUGGGCUCAGCUGGGAAGCAGCUCUGGAGCUCAACAGUCGGCUAGCCAGCAGGAGAGCCCCGGCACACAAAAACAGACGGCCGGGAAAGGAACAGAGGCAGGAAAUGCAGCAUCGCCCAAGCCUGUGGGGAAAGCUGCAACCACAGGGAAACCAGCAGGGAAACCUGGCCCUUCCAAAAUGAGCUCAAUUCAGAGUCAACUGGUCAGUUCCCUUAGUGUUCUUUCUGCCUUCUACUCACCAGGCCAGAAAUCUGCCACUGCCAACAAGCAGCAAGAACAAAGUCUCAAAUCUAUUAUGAAGAAAAAUGGGGUUGCUGACAAGCAGGGGAACAAGGGAACCAAGAAAAACCUGAAGUUUGUCGGGGUGAAUGGAGGGUAUGAGAGCACAUCGAGCGAGGAGUCCAGUGGAGAUGAGAAGGCAAAAGUGGAUGUCGAAGAGGGUGACAGCUCAGAGGCUGAGGAAGAAAGAGGCAAGGAGCCUAACUCAGCAGAAAAGCCUGAGGAGGGAGCAGAUGCACAGGAGAAAGAUGCAGAAAUCCUGUGUGGCGAAGAGGGUGCAGUGGCAGCAGAAAAGGAGAGUGAAAAAAAAGACCUGCUGGACCGAGAGAGCAGCCAGGAGCUCCUGGAGGAACCAUCUGCAGGGGAGAAAGUUGACAAAGGAUUUAUAGAUGCCUGCCUGUAUGUAAAAGAUCGUAUGGAGGAGGUUACAUCUCCAGAUAAAGAAAUGGUAUGCACUACUCGUCAGGUUUUAGUGGUCCUCUAUCAAGAGUGGUUCAAAGUUUCAAGUCAGAAAACCUCGCAAGCAGACACGGUCAGAUCAUACCUGCGCCAAGUUGGCUUAACCACACCCACUCUACUGCCGUAUGUCGUCAACCUGACGGACGGUAACGGGAAUAUGGCCCUCCACUACAGUGUAUCACAUUCAAACUUCCCUGUGGUCAAACUUCUGCUGGAUACAGGUCUUUGUGAGACAGACAACAUAAACAAGGCGGGCUACACUCCAGUGAUGCUGGCCGCACUCACGGCUGCUGAGAGUCCGGACGAUUUGGAGGUUGCACAACAGCUGCUGCGACUUGGUGACGUUAAUGCACGCUCAAGACAGACGGGUCAGACAGCGCUAAUGCUCGCUGUGAGCCACGGGCGCCUUGCCAUGGUGAAGCUGCUGCUGAGUUGUGGCGCAGAUGUAAACGCUCAGGACGGCGAGGGCUCGACGGCCUUGAUGUGUGCCAGUGAGCACGGCCACACUCACAUUGCCCGCCUGCUGCUGGAGACAGGUCACUGCGACACCAGCCUCACAGAUAAGAAUGGACAGAAUGCUCAGGAAGUGGCAGAGGGAGCCUCUCACCCAGACAUCGUGGACCUCCUUAAGGGUCCACGGCAAGCAUGAGCCAAGGAGACGUCUUCUCCAAACCAACACAGCUCAUCAUGGAGGAAAGCAGGUGCAAAGAUAGCUGACAAGCCUCUCUCUGUCUCUCCCUGCAUUCAGUAUGUGAUGUUUACCUGGAAGCCGUGCAUACAGCUCGCAAAUACACACCCCCCCAAGACCCGAACAAUGCACGGCUACAUUUCUUUUCCACGGCAUUAUUUUCAUAGAUAAAUGCUGCAUCUGCCAGGCCACUCAGUGAUGGUCGCCUUGAUUGACGUGGUCACGUGACAAAUGAGAGAGCGACAUGUAGCCAGAGGGACACUUGGAUUAACUGCUGCUGCUUCUUCUUUAUAAUACUCUUCAAUCAAAAUAAUAAGCACAUGAUCUACCUUUUAAAUACGUAUAGAUAUAUAUGUCAAAUAUUAACUUUUUUUCUCUCCAUUGACAUAUGCGGACAUAAGCCAUUAUUAACAACACAUCCGACAACACCAUUUUUUUUUACUAUUUGUUAUUUGUAAUCUUUUUUGUGUAAAUAGUCCUGUUGAUGUGUAGGGGCCUAUAGCUCAUAUACAUAACAAAUAAUAGGAAUAAUAGUGAUAAAGUAAUAUAAUCCUGGUAGCAUUUCCCAACACACAUUUGACAACAUUCAGUGUCUUAUUUUUUAAUUAUAUGUUUUCCCCCCACAGAAAAAGAAUCACUGAUGCCUCAUUUUAACGUUUAAAUAAACAAAGUUCAUAUAGUUAUUAGUUACAGAAUGGAAUACUUUUCUAGACAUGUUUUUUAAGUAAGAAGAUUGUAUUGUGCAGAUGUUACUGCAUGACAGUCGUGAAGCGAAACUUAACAACAGUAUGUUGUAGUACUGUCUGACACCUUCAAAUAUUAUAUUUGUCUCCUACGCCUGUUUAUUUUGUGAACACAAAACAAUGCAAAAUGUAUGUCUGACUGGCUAAUACAUUCCCAAACAGCAGUUAGAAUUAUAUACAUACCGUACACACACACA